GAGGAUUUGGAGGAUAUGGAUGAGGACGAUGAGGAGGACGAGGAUGAGGAGGGCGAGGAGGAUGAGGAUGAGGAUGGGGAGGGCGGCGAGGGGGAGCUGGCGGAUGAGAUGCAGAUGCAGCGCCUGCAAGAUGAGAUGAGUGAGGAUGCGGAGGCGGAGGAGGGCUUCUCGGACGAGGACGAGGACGACCCGCACCACCACCACGCUCUGCUGCACGCCGGCGACGACGAAGACGACGACCUCGCAGGCAUUGAGGACGUGGACAUCGGGGACGAGGAUGAUGAUGAUGAUGGGGGCGGAGGAGCUGGGCGAGGAGGGUGCGGAAGAGCUGGUGGAGGAGGUGGAGGAGGGCGAGGAGGCCGACGGCCAUGACCCGCACGACCCCUUUGCCGACCCGGCUGGCCUGGCCAACGUGGGUGACAUGCACCACCUGCUGGCUGAUGGGGUGGACCCCGGGGAGGAGGAGGACGGCGAGGGGCGCGGCGAUGACGAGGAGGAGGAGGACGGCGGGGAGGUGGAGGAGGAGGAGGAGGAUGAUGGCACGGAGCAGGAGUACGAGGAGGAGUACGAGGGUGGGGAUGCGGAUGGCAUGGAUCGAGCUGACCGGCUGUUCCUGGAAGGUGGCGACGGCGAGAUGGUCCCCGUUGUCAUACGCCGCCACGCCCCCGGCGGCGGCUUCAGCGCUCAGUUCCAGGUGCCCCAUGGAGACCUGGACGACCUGGGGCUGGGCGGCGGCGGUGGCCGUUCGGGGCUGAAUGCGCUGGCGGAGCUGCUGCAGGCGGGCGACUGGGGCGGCGGCGCGGGACGGCGCAACCGCACCUUCAGGUACCGCCUGGUCAACGCCGACGGUCAAAGCGUCACACUCGGCGCCAACGCCGGCGCCCCCGCAGCCUCAGGUCGCGGCCCCGUCGACCCCGCCCAGCUACUCAGCCUGGCCACCUCCCUCAUGCCCACGCAACACCGGCUGCUGCUGGGCCGCACCGGCGCAGGAGGCACCGCGGGCUCAGCCUCCGCGGCGCUCGCGGCGUCCAAUGUGUUGCCGCUGAGCUUCGCGGCGCAGCAGGGAAUGGUGGUGGCCCCGGGCGGCAUGGCGCUUCCUCCCGUGCCGGGUCGCAACGCGCCACCGCACCAAAUGCUGGCCGCAAUCCAAAGCAUGAUCGACGCAACCCUCAUGGAUGCCAUGGCUGGCGGCGGCGGCGGUGGCGGCCCUGCCAACGGUGCCGGCGGGUUCAUGUUCGGAAACGCGGGUCAGCCUGUAGCGCACCGCAGCAUUCCCGGCAUCGAUGACCUGACGCGGGUGCUUGGCGAGAUGCCGUACCCGGGCGGCGGCGGUGUGGGGCGCGGCGUGCGUGAGGAGCCGCGCUCCGCGGUAGACUCCGCGAUUGAUGCCCGUUCGCUGGAGUCUCAACUGGUGAGCCUCCUGCGCAGCCAGCAACCCCAACCCCAACAGCAACAGCCGCCCGCACAAGCACCGGCAGCGGCACAGCAACCCCAGCAGCAGCAGCAGCAACAGCAGCAGCGGGGACCCCGUUACGGGAGCCUACGGGACCUGCAAGAGGCGGCUGAAGAGGCACAGCGGCUGCGAGAGGAGGUGCAACGACUGGCCGACAUUACGCAAGAGAGGGGGCGGGACGCCCAAGGGCUGCGGCGAGUAGCCGAUGAGAUGCGCGCAGCAGCAGCGGCGGCGGCGGAAGUGGUUGCGGCGGCGGCGGCGGUGGUGGCUGAGAGGCCUUCCGGUGUUGAUGCUGCUGCUGCUGCGGCGGCGGCCCCCGCUGAGGUAGCAGCACCCGCGCCGGCUCCAGUCACUGCCGCACCUCCUGCUGCUCCUGAGGGCCGACCCGCAGCAGCAGCCCCAGCAGCAGCAGCAGCAGCAACCCCAGCAGCAGCAGCAAUCCCAGCAGCAGCAGCUGGUGGUGGCGGUGGCGGUGGUAGCCGUGCCGGUGCUCCGCCGGCCCGCCUCGACCUUGGGUUGGUGUCAGAGGCUCUUGCCGCGGCGCUCGCAGCCACUGCGGCACCCCAGCAGCAGCAGCAACCGCAGGCGCCGGCAGCUGGGCCAUCCGCUCAGCCGUCAUCUGCCCCCGCCGCUGCUGCUGCUUCGCAGCCGCCAGAGGCAGGGGUUGGCGCAGCAGCAGCGGCUGCUGGUUCUGCACCUGUCGCACCCAGUGAAGCAGCGGCUGCUGCUGCCACGGCUCCUCAGCCGGCUGCUGCAGCAGCUCCGGAUGGCAACGCAGCGCGUGCGGUUCGGGAUGAGGAUAACGACACGGAGAUGGAAGAUGUGGCGGCAGCAGCGGCGGCGGCCGAGUCGUCAGCCGCAGCGGCGGCACCGGAAGCCGCUUCCGGUGCUGUCGAACCGCUGGCUGCGGCGGGGGUGGCGCCAGGACCGGAGGCUAUGUCCACUGACGCUGCCCAAUCGGAUUCAAUGAGCGCUGACGUCGGCAGCGCGGGUACGGCAGCUGCCGCCGCCGCCGCCGCUGCUGGUGGCGGUGCAGCUGGCGGCGGAGGCGAGGGGGCAGCCGCUGGCGGCGGAGAGGGCGGUGGUGACGAGCUGGAUGAGCGGUUGCGCAGGGCAGCAGAGGCUGCAGGAAUCGAUCUUGCCUUCCUCGCCGCGCUACCCGAGGACCUGCGGGAGGAGGUCCUCCUCAUGCACGGUGCCGUACUGGACGAGCAACCGCCGUCGCCGGCACCGCAACCGCAACAGCCAGCUGCAGCAGCAGCUGCAACCGCUGCUGCUGCUGCCCCGGCCGCCGGAUCUGCGGCGUCAGCGGCGCCUCCACAGCAGCCCGCGAACGCAGCUGCGGCGCCGGCGCCGACGGCAGCAGCAGGCGGCGCUGAUGGCGGUGCUGCAGCCGCUGAUCAGCAGCCUGCGGAGGCUGCUGCUGGUGGCGGUGGCGGCGGCGGUGCAGCGGCGGCGGCAGGCGGCAGCAGCGGAGGCGAUGCGAUGGCGGUGGAUGAGGAGGGAGUGGACCCGGAGUUCCUGGCGGCGCUUCCCGAGGACCUGCGACAAGAGGUGCUGGCACAGCAGCGUGCCGAGCAAGAGCGCCGGCGUCGCGAGGAGGAACGCCGCCGCAACGCCGCCGCCGCCGCGGCUGCCCCCGGCCCCGCUGAGCUGGACCUCGCCUCCCUGCUCGCUACCUUCCCUCCCGACGUACGUGAGGAGGUCCUGCUCACGAGCGAUGAUGCGCUCCUAGCCACCCUGCCUCCCGCGCUGCGCGCUGAGGCCAUCGCAUUGAGGAGUCGCUAUCAUCGCAACCAGGCAAUGGCUGCGGCAGCGGCGGCGGAGCAGCCGCCGCCGCAGGCUGCACCCAUCCGCGUGCGGGUGCCGGCGCCUGGGCUGUUUGCGGGGGAGCCUAUGGUUGUGGCGCGGACGGCGCCGACCCGAGGGCAUCGGUUGGUGAUGGGAGGUGCGCGGGGCGCGAGUGGCGGCGCGGCGGCGGCAGGCGGCCGGGCUGGUGCGGCGGCGGCUGGGGCACGCUCGGAGGAGGCUGAGGAGGCCGCGGAGGGUCCGGCUCUGCUGGACGAACAGGAGCUGGGCGCGCUGGUGGGCUUGCUGCGGAGCGGCGCGCUGCAGCAGGCUCGCGGCCCCCUUCAGCGGGUGCUGGGCAACCUGUGCGGCCAUGCAACAACGCGCCGCACGCUGCUGGGCAUGCUGCUUGGCAUCAUGCGGCAGGCGGUGCCGGAGGGCGCGCCGGUUGCAGGGGCAGGCGGUGAUGCGGCGUCGGGAGGAGAGCGGGAGCAGGCGGCGGCGACUGAGGGCGGGUCGGCGGAUAUGGAGGUUGAGGAGGCUACAGCACCUUCUGAGCCCCCGGCGGCCGCAACUCUCGAGACAGCAGCAGCAGCAGCAACGGCUGCUGCUGCGGCCCCGCCUCCUUCCUCCUCCCAGGAGCCUCCCAGCGACCCGCAGCUCCGUCGCGUGCUCGAGACGCUCAUCUACCUCUGCCGCAACUCCAGCAAGGUUGCAACGCUGCUGCUGGGCUUGCGGGCCGCCCUCAAAACCGAGGAUGCAGGGCAGACCGGUGCAUCAGCACCCGCACCCACGGCAACAGAUGCCAAGGGCAAGGGCCCUGCACCGGCUGCGCCUCAAGCGGGGGCGCCAGCGCAGCCCACCAGCCCUAGCGCAUUGGAGCUGCUGCUUGCGGCGCUGGGCCGACCCGUGGGUCAGCAGCGCAGCAACGCAACGCUGGACCUGUCGCUGCGACUGGCGGACCUGUUGCUGGGCAUGGCGCUCGCACGCAUUGGAGAGCUGAGGCAGCAGGAGGUGGAGGCCUGGGUGGCAGCUGCGGAGCAGCAGCAGCAGCAGCAGGCCGAGCAAGUGCGUAAAACCGCGGACGGGAGUGCCGCAGCUGCCGCAGGUACCACCACUGCUUCGGAGGGCGGGGAUGCCAUGGACUCGGAGCGGCCCUCUGCGGCAGCGCAGGGCGCCCCGGCGGGCCCCAUGGCACCGCCUGCGGCUGCGGCUGCUGCUACUGCUGGCACUCAGCCCAGUGCUACCUCUCCAUUCAGCCAAGCCGCGGGUGAGGCGGGUGCUCCGCAGCCGUCGCAGGAUGGUACGGCAACAACGCCGGCGAUUGGCGGCGACGCUUCCGCUGCUGCCUCCGACAAGCCGGCACUGCCAGCGGAGGUCCGCGCCGAGCUCGCAGCGCACACCAGCCGCCGUCGCGCAGAUGAGCUGUGCACCUCCCUGGAGUCCCUGCCGGGGCCACUUGUACGGCAGGUCCCCCUGCUGCUGGCUCGUCCGGGCCUGACGGAGGGCGCCUACACACGUGUGUCGGGCGUGUUGCAGGGCCUGGCGUGCGCAGCGCCGCAGGCUCAUGCCGUACCGCUACUUGAGCAGCUGACGUCGGAGCUCUGUCGCGUGGGCAGCAGCGUACGGGAACUGCUGGCCAGCGGCGCGCAGCAUGGUGUAUCGGAUGCGGAUAGUGCCGUCAUCACCGGCAUGGCCACUCAGGGCGGUCACGUGCUGCGGCUGCUGCGAGCGUUGCAGGCCUUCCGUACACUACCCGAGCCCAAGAUGCAAGCACUGCUGCUGCCGCCGAACCCAGUUGCUGGAGGUGAGGAGGAGCAGCUGCCGGAUCAGGACGCAGCCGCAGCCGCAGCUGGGCCGAGCUCUAGUAGCGGAGCGGCCGGACACGCGACUGCUCGCAACUAUCGUGCAGCUGCAAAGGAGGCCUUCGCGGCGUUGCCGGGCGAGGUUAGGUCCGCGGUGGCUGCGGCGGCGUCGCACUUAGAGCCGUUGUGGAUAGCUCUGUCGUCAUGCAUCGCAGCCAUUGAGGAUUCCAUGGGCCGCGGGCCAGCGGGUGCUGCACAGGCCGCAGGUGGUGGCGCGGGAGGCCAGCCCGCAGCAGCCGGCGGGGCGGCGGAAGACCAGCCGCAAGCACAGCAGGCCCAAGCGGCUAAUGCCGCCGCCGCUGCAGCGGCGGCGGCAGCAGCCGCCGCUGCGGCAGGAGGAACCUCGCGUUCGCUGCCGCCAGGCGCCGGUCAGGUGUUGCCGCUGGUGGAGGCGUUCUUUGUGAUGUGCUCCCUGCGUGACGCCAUCCCGUCGGCGGCAGCAGCCAGCAGCGGCGCGGCGGCGGGUGGCGGCGCCCUCACCGCCGCUGACAGCGCCGCCGCCAUGGCGGCGGGGCACUCCAGCGACCUAGCGGCGCUGGCGGCGCAAGCCGCCGCCGCUUUCCGUACAUCCGGC